GAAAGCGAAAACACCGCGGCCAGACACCACGGCAUUACAGAAUACAUUGGAGGGCAUCGUUACAUCCAUGAAUCAGUUCUACAUGCCCGACAACAUAAUCUCUGCGGCCCAGUCAGAACCACACGUAUCACUGCAGGCAGGCAUCCCUCGUAUACGAGCGCACUUCUCAGAACGUCUCGCAGUAGGCGGUGUUAACAACGGCGGGUAGGACGUGUAGCGUAGGCUCACCCAUCUUAGCUCGAGGGCUGUACCACUAGCACGCCCAGGGCCAUAGGCUGCCCAGAUCAAAGACACGAGACAUAAAGUAUGAUUCGGGGGCUCAUUAUCCUAGUGCCCUUGUGUCUGCCACCCAGCAUCCAGACGCCGACGGCUGAUCUCCCGCGUGUGGAUUUGCACCGCGCGUCGCGCGGUGAGUGUGGAGGACUCGGGUUUGCGCGCGACAAGGAAGGGCGGCGGCGGGGAAUGCGAGGCUCAGUGACAGAGAGCAUAGGCGUCGUUCGCGUUGCCUCCGUACUGAAAGGCAGGAGAGUGUGUGUGAGACGAGCCCAAGACUUGCACGCGUUCGAGUCUUCGAGAUGGAGGACUCCGAUGCGAAGGAAAGGACGCGUCCGAUGCGAAGGGAAGGACGCGUCGCGUCGCGGUACGCGUGCGGAAUGAGAUCCGGAGAAGGCGCUGACUCAGCACCGGUGCCCGAUGCGGCAAGAUCCAGCG